AUGAUUAUCAAAAAGCCGCCAGCUGACCAGGCGUUCAUCGAGAGCAUUGUGGCCAAACGUUUUUCGCCGCUGGCACGACAGAUAUUGGCCGCAUCGGGUCCGAUCGUGAGCAGCGCCGCGGCCGGCAUGACCAAUGGCUUCUCGGCGAUCCUGCUUCCGCAGCUGCAGCAACCGGGCAGCCAGAUCACCAUCACCGAGGAGCAAUCGUCCUGGAUCGCUUCGAUGGCCCCGCUGCCGAUGGCGCUCGGCUGUAUCAUCGGUGGCCUGCUGAUGGAGCGGUGUGGCCGCAAGACGGCUCACCUGCUGCUCAACGUCACGUUCGCCAUCGGCUGGUGCGUGCUGUCGAUGGCCCACAGCUACCCGCAGAUCCUGGCCGGCCGCUUCAUCACCGGCUUCAGCUGCGGACUGGUCGGGCCACCCGCCUCCGUUUACAUCGCGGAAACGAGUGACCCUCGCUACCGGGGAAUCCUACUGGCCGGCGUAACGUUCGCCGUUUCCGGUGGCAUCCUGCUGGCGCACCUGUUCGGAACGUUCUUCCGCUGGCAGACGGCGGCCCUUCUCUGUUCGCUGUUCAUGAUCCUUGCCUACCUGCUGAUGCUACUGUCACCCGAAAGUCCCGCGUGGCUGUUAGGGCGGGGCUCGCGAAGUGAAGCGGAGACAGCCUUCCGGUGGCUGCGAGGCUAUGACGCCGAUAGUCGCAACGAAUUCGACGCCAUGGUCGCUCGCAGUACGCAGGCUACCAGUAAGAAGCCACACCACGAUGACGAGAACCACAGGACGAGUCCGUACCGGCGGCGAGAGUUCCUGAUGCCGCUGGUGACACUGCUCGUGUUCUUCGCCACCAUGCAGUUCUCGGGCGUCAACAUUGUGGCGUUCUACUCGAUCCAGCUGAUGCAGACGACGAUCGGCCGCGACGGACUGAACGAGUACCUGGCGAUGCUGAUCGUAGAUCUGGUGCGCGUCGUGACGUCACUGGUGGCUUGCGCUCUGCUGCGAUCCGUGGGCCGUCGCCCGUUGGCCAUGGCCAGUGGGGUCGGUACGACCGUCAGCUUGAUCGGGCUGUCGAUCUUCCUCUACUUCCAGACCAGCAUCCCGCUGUAUCGCAACUACUCGUGGCUGUCGCUCGUCUUCCUCAUCGGCUACAUCGUGUUCGUGGGCAUCGGGCUCUUUCCGCUGCCCUGGUGCAUGACGGGCGAGAUCUUUCCGCUGGCCACGCGUGGACUCGGCUCGGGUCUAACGUCUUCGUUCAACUUUGUGUGCUUCUUCGCCGUCAUCAAGACCGGACCGACACUGUUCGCCGCUGUCGGGAUCAACGGGGCGUUCCUGGUGUACGGUGUCAUCUCGCUGCUCGGCACGCUCCUACUGUACGUCAUUUUGCCCGAAACCAAGAACCGCACACUGGCGGAGAUCGAAGAGCAGUUCCGGCGCGGUCGACGCACUGCCAAGCAGGUGCCGGAAGUGGCAACGGUAUCGGCCGGGGUGCACGCCUAG